AUGUCUCAGCAAAAAUAUCUUCUCCUUGUUGCCAUCCUGGGAGCUGUGGGAGCGGCUGCCCAAGAUGGUCUUCUAGAUAGCUGCGAUUCCGAUGAUCUAUUCUACAACUUGUCCUUCGACGAAAACAUCGAUGCGGCAAUCCCCUUCUGCAGCUCGUUCCUCGGCGUCCCCACGAAGCACACGACCACAGUCACUGUAGCCAGCACUCGCCCAGUUCCUACCACUACUGAAACCUACACGGUGACAGAUGCAACCACGGUUCAGCGGAGACAAGCGCCGCCAACAGCCCUGCCACGGCAGGAGGAUGGGGAAGAAGGCCAGUUGUUUGUCCAUGAAGACUCGGUGGAGUAUCCCAGUUGGUUGGGGCGUUGCCCGGCCGAAUCCAUCGCCGCAGCCUGCGAGCAGUUUGAGAUCCUCCCGGGGCCAGAUGCCACCGUCACGAAGACUGUUUUGACUCCUUCUUUCACUGAGACUCUGACAGGCGCAGAGACAGCCGUCGCUCGCCUCACAAAGAUGUAUGCCAGACGAACUUAUACUCGCAGCAGCCCGGCACAUAUCUACAACAACAUACUCUUCGCCUUCAUUGCCGACUCAGAGGCGGGCGCAGACGGCGAAUACCCAAAGGCUCAGGCGGAAUGUCAGAGAGUAUGCAAGGCCCUCGACGAGUGCAAAGUUUACUUUGUCGUUGCCCUUCGGAAUGGGUUCAUGGGGAGGAACUUGAACGUAUACUGCGAGAUCAGCGACACUGCUUUUGAUGCCCGCACAAUGCGGACCUCCAACUUGGCCAUCUUCAGCGUCGGUUACGAGCUUGUGGGAACCGACACGUCGUAG